UUAGUAUAACACGUCUUAAUUGCAGCGACUAAUGCUCCAGUGAAAACUAAAGAAAAAUCCUUGAGAGAGAAUAAAGACUAUGUGAGAAAGUAGUUGCUGAAAACAUUAACCUACUCCUACCGUUACAACUGUCACACGUCUAACGUUAGCACGUCAUGUUUCACGUUUUCACACGUCAAUAGUACGACCGGUCUUAUCAAUGAUCCAAUUGAUAUCCGGCGAACGUUAUCGAUAACUGAGCAUGUUCAUGUAGUCGUUUCGCUGGUGUAUAGUAUAUUGUACUGUAAUGGUUCGCAAUAUAAUAUAGUGUGUAAACUUUUUUUCUUCGUAUAAUUCUCAUCCGUUUGCCUUUUAGGCAUUAAGGUAAACUUUCGCACGUUUAUUACUCGUCGAUUGAAUUCCGCAUCAAAGCUGAUUGGUUUUUUCAUACGAGAAAAUGGCACACCGUUGACCGUACAAAAUCCUUUUUUUUUUUUAAAACGUUACAGCAUGUAUGUACUAAUCUAUUAUAGAAACUAAAAAUUAGCAUUAAUUUCGCUUUAUUUUUAUCUUUUGAUUGUGAGUGAUAAUAUGGUGUAAUAAUAUGGUUCAGUGUUAAUUUCCUUUUUUUUUUAGAAUGAUGCAUUCAUAAGAAACAGUUGUUGAUAUUUACCAAGUACACAGUUAUUUGCUUGCAAACCAUUCAUGCAGAACAAAUACUCCAGGAUUAUUACAAUGUUUUCUUUUACUAAAGAUAAAAUACUUUUACCGGUUCAACUCAAGAAACUUGGAGAGCAUACUUACAAGUGUGAGAGUCGUAGUAUGACCGACCUAUAUCUUCAACCUUUCUGGAACUGGCUCGUAUUAAAGACACCCAUAUGGCUUGCACCUAACUUAAUUACACUUAUCGGACUCAUUGUGAAUAUUGUUACUACACUAGUAAUCAUAUAUUACAGUCCAGAUGCUAAUUCAGAAGUAAGUUUAUAUCUAAACCUAAUGAUAUUCAAUUUAUUUAAUUAUGAUACUUGGAGAUGGUUUAUAUAUUCAACUCAAAUUAAUAUUUUAUUCACAAGUUAUACAAUUUUAGAUUUAUAAAUUUUGUAGAUUGGGGCAGAAUGGCUCAAAGUUCUUACCAGCCAUUUCCUGGCCACUUUAAUUUUUACCAUAUUUUGGUAGAUACCACAUUGAUAGUUGUAUACCUAAUUACAAUUUUUGGACCACAUAUUUGUAAAAUCUUUCAUCAUCGAAUAUCUAAAUUUAACAUCUCUCCCAUAGUAACCACCAUACAUAUUUUUUUCUGAGGAAAAAUAUUCAGUCAAAAUACUUACUAUAAGCAAACAACUGUAAAAUGCUGAUUAUUAUUAUUUUUUUAAAUAUAAUUUGGUUACCUGUAUUGGAUAAUUUUACAUAAAUGUAAAAUUAAAUACCUGUGACGGAUAAUUUAUAGCUUCAUAGGUAUUAAUAUAUUAAAAAAUUUAAACAAAUAUAACACAUGAAUUACUUUUCCAAUGUAUCUACUAGACAAAAUUUGCGACCAGAAACCAUUCCUAAAGUUGAUGAUUUCUGGUAGAAAAGUAUUUUACAGACAGAAAAAAUAAAGUAAAUGUAAUUUAAAAAAAAUACUCAUAGAAAACUAAUACAUAUUUUGCUACACUCAGAAUCUAUAAAUAACUAUAUACACAGUUGUGGGUAUUUUGAGUUUUCCUUUGACUCGCCAUUUUCUAUUCUAUAAAGUUAAAAUACUAACUAAUAAUAAUAGAACAAAAUAGUAAUCAAGAUAGUAAAAAGCCAUUUAAUAUUUCAUGGUUAAUGAAGAAAGUCUUUUAGAAAUAGAAAGUAUUAUGAAUGUCAAUUAUUGAUAUCAAAUUUGAUUACAAAAAUUUUUACAAAAACCUUUUAAAAUUUUCAAUAUUCAUUUGUAUGUGUUAUUCUGUUAUUUACAUUGCAAACUAUAAUCUACAUUUAUUAUGAUUCUGCUUUUAAUAAAUACAAAAUAGUAACUUCAGUUGUUCAUGUAGUAAAAGUAUUAUUUAUCAAACUAUUUUUUUUCAUUAAGUUUCAACACUCUUAAUUUAUAACAUGUCAAGUUCUUACUAGUCAAGCGACUGGACAUUUUUCUGGUUACCCAGGUCACACCACUUCUGUAAAAGGUUUUUUUUAUUUUGGUGAAAAAAUAUUGUAUUUAUAUGUACCAAAUCAAUAAUACAUUUUGAAGGUUACACAUAUGUUGAAUACCUAUUUUUUUCUGUCUACAUUCCCAAUGCCACAUAAUAUAUAAUGACCAUAAAUAUUUAAUUUAUUCUAUAAAACUUCAUAAAAAUAAUCAUAAUUCUUCAUGUUUGUGAUAGGUAAAAUAUUUUGACAUUUGAACCCAUUUGAUACUUGCUAAACCGUAUAAUUAAAUAUAAUAUAUUACAGAUAAGAGUUAUCUAUUUAAACAAUUACCUAGAUACAUAUCUAUAUAUUUAUUUAUUUUUAGGAAACCAAAAAAAAUAAAAAAUAAUCAAUUGAUUAGUCACAUUUCAAAAUAGAAGGUAGUGAUUAAUGUGUAUGAGGUUUCACAUAAAAUAAAUUAGGUAAUAAUGAUAAUAUAUUUUCUUGCUAUUUGUACCAUUGUUUUUUAAUUGUUAUAAAUUAAUUAUAUAUUUUAUAAAUUUGUAGUUCAUUAUAAGUAUGAAAUCAGGUACCUUACAAUGAUAAUUUAUUUUUAUAAAAAUUAUUUAAGAAAAAAAUUUUGCUUUAAGUAUAUUAUUACCAUUGAUUAUACAUACUAUAAAUAAUUAGGUAUAUCACAUCAAUGAUUAUUACUUUUUUGAUAUCUUUUAAAAGUAGGUUAAAUUCUGCCUAUGGUUAGUUCAUAAAAAUAAUUUGUUUUGAACAUGGAUUAUAAAAAAAAACAAUUAUUUUUAAUUAAAGAUUAAGAACAAAAAAACAUUGUAUAAAUUAUACGUUAUACAUAACAUAUUGAAAAAGUUCAUUUUUAAACUUAUGAUUUAAUUUUUGAUUAAUGAAAUAUAGAUAAAAAUAUUAGGUUGGAUUUAAUGUUUAAUGCUAAUGUUCUACGGUUAAAUUUGGUAUACAAGACAGGGCAUGCAAGAAGCUUGAUAAAAAUAAAAAUGUAGAAGUAAUAAUUGUGUAAUAAUAAAAGUAUAUUAAUUACUUAUAUAAGUAAUAGUACUACCUACCUUAAUGAUUUAGUGGACAUAAGUUAUUAUGGUUAAAUUUAAAAAAAAAAGUUAAUGGAGAUGGAUGUGGCCACUGUUUUAAGUGGGUAGUGGGGCUGGUCAGAUACAAAAAGUUAUUUAAUUUAUACCCGUAAUAAACGAAAAACCAUUAUAUACAUGUUUUUAACAUAUACAUGUUACAUGAUAUGUAUGUUAUAUUUUCAUCAAAAUUUUAUAAAAAAAAUACCUGUAUUAAACUAGAAUUUUUUUUUUUUGACCACUAAAUAUGACUCAAAUUUUCAAGCAUUUCUGUUAAGUCUUACUAUUUAUCCACAGAGUACCUACCGAAUAAAAAUUAUGUAACAAACUGGCAGAAUUAAAAUGUGUAUAAAUAACUAAAAAAUAACUCAAAUAUUUUGAAAAUUUUACAACUUUACUUUAUUUAGAAAAAGUAAGUAAACAUUUUCUGUCUAUCAAAAUUUCAAGUCGACAAAUAUUUUAACAUAAAUUACAAAGAAAAACAAAAUUAUAAAUAAUAAAAGUAUUAUUUUUGUAAAUUUUUCUAUAAUUUCUACAUAUUAUUAUUUUUCAAUUUCACUCAAUUAUUAAAAAAACUACAAAGAAAAUAAAAAGAUGACUUUCUUUGUCACCAACUAGAUUAAAAAUGCAAAAAAAUCAAUCUUUUGUCAUUUUUCUAUAGGAGUAAUAUUUCUGGUAGGAAACAUAAGUUAAAAAUGUUAAAAUAAUUAAACUGCUAUGCCACCAUAAAUAUUAAACAAUUUUAAUUUUUUGGUUUUUACCAAUUAUUUGGAAAACUGCUUACUCUGUUAGUAACUAAAUAUUAAUAGGAAUAAACUCGAUCACAUGUAAUUUUUCAGUUAAAGAAAUAUUUCUGUUAGAAAACUAAGUAUAAUACAAUGAAAACAGUAAGGUUGGUGUAAAUAUUUGUUGCUUUACCUAUAAUUUUCUUUCAGGUUUUUUCAAUUAUUUCGAAAACCCCUCAGAAAAUCAAAGAAUGACCUCCCCAAUGCACCAAUGAGUGAGAAUUAAAUUUUAAAAAAUGUACUUAAGUCUAUAUUUUGGAAAAAGUUUUCCGGGAAGCCAUAGCUCUAAGAAUAGAGAAAAUUUUUAAUAGUUUGUACUGAAUACCAGCGUAUAAAAUAUUGAUGUAGAACGAUUAUUGUUGGCUGGAAUAUUUAAGUUACAUCUAUGUAAAUAUAGUUCUAUCUUCUAAUUUAUAUCUGGUGGAUAUGGCUGAAAUGUUUACAGAAGAUUUAAUUGGUGUAUAAUCAUGGUUGUAGUUGGUUAUAUUGAAUUUGCGUGCUACAAAUUUUAGAAAUCGAUUUUGAUAAAAUUAAUGUCAGUUUUAUAGUAUAGACACCAGAUAAGAGAACCAUAUUCUAGAAUAGACUUAACUAACAAAAAAUAUAGGAGUUUGAAUGAUUUCAAAUAUUAGAAAUCAGAAGAGUGGUGCUUAAUAAAGUCCAAAACUCUCAAUAAUUUUUUCACAACACUGGUUAAAUUUAUGCCUUAAUCUGUAAUUGAAGAAACUGAUCUAAGUUGGACAUUAAUUAUAGAAUAUAUAUGAAUUAUAUACUUGCAGGAUAAACUCAUCGAGUAACAUUUAUCAAUAUUUAAGCACAAACCCCAAUUUUGGCGCCAAUCUUAUAAAAUUAAACAAUCAUUUUACAAAGAAAUAUGAGUAAAUAUUUUUAAAUCAUCUGCAAAACAGAGCUUAUCAUUUCUUUAGAACUGAUAAUAUUCUAUUUAUAAAUCAAUUAAAUAAGAUGGUCAAUUAAUUUUCUUAUUGGGUAGUUCCCUAUGAGACAGAAACUGUAUUUGAAGAGAAACUAUAGACUAGUGAACUGGGAUCUGUAUGUAAAAAGAGUUAAACCAAGACAAUAAUGGAUGAUUAAACCCUACAUUACUCAAUAUAAUUGUCAGUUAUUCAUGAUCAACGGGAUCAAAGGCCUUCUCAUAUUACAUCCACUUGACAAUUUUCUCUGAAAAAGCUGAGUAUAAAUUGUUGCAAUGAUAAGUUGCAAGUUAAAGUAGACAUACCUGGGCUGAAACCAUACUGGCUAUCUAAUCUAAUAUUUUAUUGAGUGGUUUAAUUAUUUGAGUUCGAACUAAUUUCUCUAAAAGUGUACUAAUUUGCACUAGUCCAGAAGUAGGAUGAUAGCUUUUGACAUUAGACCUGUCAUCAUUUUUGAAGGUUAAUGAAGCUUAUUUUCCAGAUAGUUAGAAUAGAAAUACUCCUUCCUUUAGUGAUUUGUUUUAUAAAAUGAAUAUAGAAUGAACUAUAGAUAAGUUUGCCAAAAAGUAACCAGAUAUUUCAUCAGGGUCAAAGACCUAAAUUUUAUUAGUGCCCGAAGGCCAUCAUAUACCUUAUCAAGAGAAAUACUACAUUUAGUUGGGUGCAUAUGAUCAAAUUUGUAAGUAAAAGCAGAAAUGUUAGAUUCUCUAGUGAAGGACAGGGUGAUUUAUUAUAUACAGUGGAGAAGUAAUCAGAGAAUAGAUUAGCAAAAGCCACACUAUUAUUAGCAAUUGUAACACCUAAGAAUGCAGAGUUAGGUAUGCCAUGAGAUUUAGUGUUAAAAUUAUCCAAAUUUUAAAAUUGUGUUUUGGAUUCACAACAAUUUUUCAUUCUUAAAAACCAGUUUUAAAUUUUGAUUUACUUUGAGCUUGCAACAACAAACAUUUUUCGUAAAUUAAUCUACUUUUAUUUCUAAUAUAAAAAUUAAAUGAGCUUUGUUUUUCUUCCAAAUAAGAGUUCCUUGUUAAACCGGUAAGGGAAAUUAUGUCUGAUACUUAUAGUUUUUAGUGGAACAAAUAUAUGCACAGCUUCUAAAACCGCUUCAUGGAAUACGAGAGCAGAUGCUUUGAUAUUUAGAUGUUGUAAAGUUUUUAAAGUUUUUAAUCAAUCAAAUGAAUUGAAAAAUAGGUUAACAUUAUUAUAAUCGGCUUUUUCAUAGUUGAAAAUGAUUUGUCAUUUUUAAGAAUAGAUUGGAGGAUAGGUAAUAGAACAUUUAUUUGAAUUGCAGAGUGGCAAGGGCUAAUAUAAACAAAUGGAUAAUCUUGAGAAUCUACUGUAGUCUCUAGGAGAUUAGAAAACAUCAAAUCCAAUAUAUUUCUAUAAGUAUUUUGAAUUUUGUUUUUUGAAUAUAUGUAGGUAUAAUUCCGAUUUAAGAACGAUAAUGAAAUAAGAUUUGAGCGGACUGACAUAGUUUUGAAGUUUUGAUGUUAUGUAAAUAUUAUAUAUUAUGUUAAAAAACUAUUAUUAUCAAACUUAAAGUAUGUUUGUCGUGGUCUAGUGGUAAUACAUACCUAUUAACAUCCUAGGAGUUCAAACCAGAGUUCUGAAACAAAUUUUUUGCUUUUUUUUUCGCCUUGACCUGAAAAAGAAAUAAACAAAUGCAUUUUGGGUGUACCUAGAGACCCAAGCCAUUGUUCAUUUGAACUAUUUUUCAAGUAAAAUACACCUUGAUUUGUUGUGUAAACUUUUCUAUCAGAAAUCUUCCUCCGAUUUAUUAAGUGUAGCUUAUUUUCUGAAAGCAAAUUUUAUCUACAUGGUACUUUAGGGAGGUCAAUUUUUGAUUUUUCAAGCGGUUUUCAUAAUAUCUGGGAAAAACUGAGAAAAAACGGAAAAUGUAUGGUAUGUAGAGUUAAAAAAUGUUACAGCCUUUAUUUUUCUUGUGAACAACUUUUCUACCAGCAAUUUUGCUCCGAUUUACAAUGUAGCACUUUUUCUGAAAGGAAAUCUGACUGUGAUGGUACAAUAGGGAGACUUAGGUGUAGAUCGAGGGGCUUAUGGGGUUUAGCAACCAUAAAUGUUUUUCAAGCACCCCUAAAAUAAUAUGCACCUAUUUUCAAUAAUAAUGAUAUGCAUGCAUAUUAUACACCUUUUAACAUAACAUAUUUUUACAAAAUUGAUACCUAGUGAUUACUAAAUAGUAAUUAUAUGUUUUCAAACAUAAUUCCAGAAAUAUUAUAAUUUAAUCUAAUAUUAAUCUAUGUGUAUAUUUUGCAUACAUAGCUUGCUAAACACUUUCUAAUCCACCCUGUCUGACCAAAUCAAAGAAUUGAGUCUACUGAUAAAAUAAUAAUUGACAUGGAAACCGGUGGUAUUUUUAAAAUAUUUUUAAAGAUCUUAAAUUAAAAGACGUUACUGCAUUGACACCUACUAUUGUAAGACCCCAAAGAAAAAUUGUACAAUAUUAUUACCUAACCAGAAGUAUGUUGUAAAAUAGGAGUUAUGGAUUGUAUAUUCAUUGUCAAAUUAUUGCUUGUUUUAGUUAUUAAAAUUGUUAUAUUUUAUUUUUAAAUUUAACUUCACAAAGAAAAGUUUAUUCUCUUGCCACCAACAUACUUGGCAAUUAUUAUGUUGUUAAAACCUUUGACCAUGUUUCUAUUAACAUUAUAUAUAAAACUCGAUAUGUGAUGUACAAUUAUAUUUGUGGCCUCUGAUGUAGUAUAUUCUACAAGUUUCUAUUUGAGAAACUAAAUUAAUUUUAUUCUCUUUAGGACUAUUACAAAAGUAAUUCAAAAAUGAACUUAACAUAACAUAUAAAACUCAACAAAUAUAAAUUAAUAACUUACUUAUUAAGGUAUUUUAUAAUUUGUAUAAUUUUGCUUAAAAAUGUAGUUAGAAAUAAGAAAUAAUGUUUAAAAUUAAAAAAAUAUUAAUGUCAAGACAUCAUAAUUCUAAUUAAAACUAAUAUUUUAUAGAUUGUAUUACUUUAAAUUUAAAUGUUUACUUGAAAUUAUUUUUAUACGAGUAUAUUUGUAUAUUAUAUGGGUAUUAUCAGAAGUACCUAUUAGCAAUGGUUAAUUUUUGCGUACAGAUAUACACUAAACUUCCAUCCACUGCAGAUAGUAUGUCAGUUUGUUUUUUAAUAUGAUAGUAUAAUUCAAUAUCAUUAUAUUAUUGAGAUAUAUACUGUAUAAAAUAUUAAAAAUUAAAUUAUUAGUUUAUAUUAUAAUUUAUAUUUUUAAAAUCACACAUAUUGAUAACUAAAGGUUUUUAAUCAUAUUAAUGUAGGUUCUUAUGUAUUCAAUCAAUCAGCUGAGUUUUUGUUAAAUAGUGGAACUUUGAAACAACUUUUAAUUAUAUAAAUGUUUGUAUAGUAUGAAAUAUUCCAUAAAUAUUUAUAAUUUUAUAUUUAAAUUUCAGAUUCCUAGAUGGGCAAGUUUACUGUGUGGUUUUGGUUUAUUCGUUUAUCAAAGUUUAGAUGCCAUUGAUGGAAAGCAGGCUCGCCGUACUGGUUCAUCUUCUCCUUUAGGGGAAUUAUUUGAUCACGGCUGUGAUUCUGUUUCUACUGGUAAAGUAUUUCAUUAAAAAAAAAAAUAGAUAUUUAUUAAAAUUAAUUAAUUAAUUUGUUAUUUUUCAGUUUUCAUUACAAUAUCCGCCUGUAUCUCUGUAAAACUAGGCGAAUACCCAUCGUGGAUGUUAUUGCAAAGUUUUUUCGCAGUUGCACUCUUUUAUUUUGCACAUUGGCAGACAUAUGUUUCUGGUAUGUAAAAAAUUAAUUUGAUAAAAUAAGACUUAAUAUAAUUGAAUUAUUUGUUUACAAUUUGUUUUUUACUAUGACUUAAAGGUACUUUACGGUUUGGUAAAUUUGAUGUCACAGAAACACAACUCUCUAUUAUAUUUCUUCAUUUAAUGUCUGCUAUUUUUGGUACAGGUAUAUGGGACUGUGAAGUGAGUAUUCAAUUACAUAAUAUAUAUCAACAUUUUUAUGGUCUAUUUUUGGUGAAUUUAAACUGAUAAUAAAAUAAAUAAAUCUAUUCCUUUAGGUUUAAAUACAUUUAUAGAUAAGACCAUAAAAUAAUGUAUUUCUAUUAUUUUAUCUUUAACAUGACAUGCAUUCUUAAUUUUUUUUUUUACAGAUUCCUUAUUUUAACUUCAAGCUUAAGUUUAUCUUAUUGAUCAUGACAUUAACAAUAUCAUUGUUUCUAGCCAAAUCCAAUUUGUUUGUUAUACUUACUGGUGGUGUUGGCAAAAAUGGAUCUUCAGUUGCUGUAUGUUUAUUUCCUUUAUUUCUUAGUUAAAUCACAAUAUUUAGUUAUUUUAAAAUUUAAAUAUAUUUCAGGGAACUAGCGUUUUGUCACCUGCCAUUCCACUUUUAUUAGUAAUUCUUCCUGGAUAUAUUAUUAGCUGUAAAAGCACUGAAAACAUCUAUGAAAAUCAUCCUAUAUUAUACAUAAUGUCGUUUGGUUUGGUUACUGCUAAAAUAACAAAUAAACUUGUGGUAAAAUAAUUAAUAUACUAAUAUCUUAAUUAAUAAUUAUUAGAAAUUUCAAAUUUGUUUUUGUUUUUCUAUUAUUUUAUCAGAUUGCUCACAUGACUAAAAGUCCAAUUCAAUACAUUGAUUCUACACUCAUAGGCCCAGCUAUGCUUUUUUUAAAUCAAUAUUUUAACUGUGUUUUGCCAGAAUAUUAUGUACUAUGGGUUUGCAUGGUAAAUGGUUAAAAUCUUAUCUAUAUAUUAUCUAUAUGUUAUUUGUAUAUUCCUGUUUAUAAUUUUUGUAUUUAAUUUACAUUUUCAUUUGCAGUUGUGGACUGGUUUUGAUCUAGCUGUAUAUUCUAUAUUUGUUUGCAAAGAAAUUUGUGAUUAUUUACGAGUUUACUUAUUUUAUAUCACUGCAACAAUGUCAAAUACGAAAAUUCACACAUCCAGUAAAAUUACCGUCAGUAAAAACGGUAGCAAUAACUCAGGUGGUUCAUAUCAAACUUUUAAAUAUCCUUCUACUUCUACCAUGACUAGUUUUAUAUAUCCAUCUAAAACGAAAACAAAAUAAUUAUAAUAUUAAGAGUUCAUUGUAGUCUUAAACAUUGUUAAUCUCAUUGUCCAAGAUAUAAAACCAAUAUAAACAAAAAUAUUGAAUUGUUUUUAUCAAUAUUGUUGUGUUUAUAUAUUAUUAUAAUAUUAUAUUUUGUUAUUAUAUUUAUUCAUGUAUGCAGUAUGGCAAUUAUAUUAUUUCAUUGAAAAAUAAUUAAUGAAAUCUAUAAUUGUCAAAUUGUAUGAGUAUUUUAACAAUAAUUGUUGUUAUUUUAUGUUGAAUGUUGCUUUGUCUUAUUAAAUUUUUAGUAUAAGUAUUAUGUUUAAGUAGGUAGUAGAAUUUUUAAUUAAAUUGGGCUAGGUUUUGAAUUGAUGAACUUGUAAAAUGCAGAUAAACUAAUAGAUAAUUUAAAUAAUUCUUUUUUUUUAAGAUCUACCAGCUGUACAAAUAUAUUAACAGAGAGUACAUAAUAUAUUUAUAUAAAUACACAUAUUUACUUUUUUUUAGUAUACAUUAUAUAAUUUACAAUUGUUAUUAAUAUUUUUCUUGAACUACCAUAUAUUUGCUAUUUGCUAAUAAAUUAAUAAGUAAUUUCUAUAAAUUACCUUCCAAAUUCAAUAUAUUUAAUUGUACAAUAAUAAACUUUAUAGAACCCAUCUUAUCACUCAUCUACUGUAAUAAUGUACUUUGACUUAUUGAAAUUAUGAAUUAUAAUAUUUGCUUGGCUAGUUAGUCAA